CAAGAAUUCUCUCGGUCAUUCAAUAUCUAAAAUAGGGCUCAUUUGAGAGAUAUGGGAAAUAGACGACGGCCACGUGACUGACAUCGAGAGCUAGGGUUAGGGCUACAAACAUCGAAACGGUCACUUGUGCCUUUGCGGAACCCAUGCACCACUGCUUGCUUGUUCCCGAGAUUGUCUCUGAAAUCUUUUCCUACUUCUCUCGCAAUGCUUCGAAGUUUGACCGCCGCACCCUCACGGUCCUAGCGCACACCUGCCGCAGCUUCUCUGACCUGGCGCUGGAUCUUCUGUGGGAGGAGUUGCACACGCUGCAGGAGAUCCUGAUCGACCUUAUGCCUUCUAUCGCAUCUGGUCCACGCCUUCUAUCGCAUCUGGUCCACGCCAACCACGGCCGUACAAUCGGCCUCUGGUAUUUGCCCGUGCGGUCACAGAACACGACUGGGACCGCGUUCUGAAGUAUGCGGGGCGGGUGAAACGGCUGUUGACUCUGAAUUCGGGGGAGCCCUCUUCAAUAACUCAGCGUUGCAUGGAGAUGCUCCACAUGACAAUGCCUCCAGGCUCAGGGUCGUUGCUCUUCCCCCACCUCGUCUCGCUAUCAUGGUGCGAGUCCCAAGGCAUGACACACCUCCAUGUCCUCCUUUCGCCCCGUCUUCGAACGCUCGUGUUGCGCUGCCUGCAAGCUGACCAGCAAGCGCUCUUCUUCUCUGCGCUCCCUAUCAUUGCUGCCCGGUGCCCGCUGCUGCGCGACGUAGUUUUGGAUGUGGAUCUCGACGAGCAGGAUCGUCUCUCGGCAGACAGCGUGAAUACAUCGUUGGUACACUUAUUCCGGACUUUGGGGAACCUCGAGCGAUUGGAUGUGCCCUUACUCGAUGCGAAGACGCUCCAGGCUAUCGCGGCGGUGUCGAAUCUCAGGAAACUGACGCUAUCGGUCAUCCCCGGAGCAGACUUCACCGACCUGAGUGAGUGGCCGUGCAGUUUCGUGCACCUGCGUGCGCUGUCUGUUCAAGAGAUCACAAUCGACCUUGCUGUGAAACUCGUGGAGCUGUGCGCUGGAUCACCAAUGGAGGUACUCCAACUUACGUGGACCUCUGGACCGUCCCCUGGCCAUUCGAAUCUGCCCGCCUUGACGAAAGCCAUGGCGGCAAACGAGGAGUGGCGGCACUCGCUGGUCUCAUUGACCGUUAAAUUCGACCAGUACGUCACGGAAACCCCGGCAGCCACUCCGCAAGGCAUCGCCUUCUCCGUCCUCGAGCCUCUAAUCGUCUUCACGGAACUACGCACCCUCUGCAUUACUACGCCGGACCCCCCGUCACUCACGAGCCCCGAGCUACGCGAAGCGACCGCCGGCUGGUCGCGUCUGGAGUCCCUCACGCUGGAACCGUGGAGCCCAUUUUGCGCUGUGCCUGAGACGCACAUCCAGUCUCUUGCCUGCGUUGUGCAGAACUGCCCUGCGCUGCUCACCCUCACCAUCCGCCCGCUCCGAACGGCCGGGCUUGUGCUUUCGGACGCACUCGCAGGCUUCAAGUACGAACCGCCGUUCUCCCCACUCAAGACGCUGGAUGUGGGCCGGUCGCCGCUCGAGUCGGAGCCAACGCCGACGGACAUAGCUCAGUUCUUAUCGGCGUUGUUUCCGAAUCUGGAAGAGCUUUGGUUUUCACCAGAGAUCACGGAGCCGAUUUUGCAUCCUGGGAACCCUGCGGCGAAUGAUAGUGCGUGGAAGGGACGCUGGGAUUGGGUGCAGCAACUGAUACUUGUGCUGUGUGAAGUGCGGGAGGAGGGGAGGACAGGUGUCUUUUUCUGAACGAGCACUCCCACGAAUCACACGAGGGGGUAUUGAAACCUGGCUCCACUGAUACUGUGUUUUCCAAUCUUCCGAUCUUAUCCGUAGAGUUGAGCUCUGGUCUUGGAUAGUGAAACGGAGCCUUGAAUGAUGUCAUCGGCGUAUGGACGGCGAAGUCUGACGAUGCAUGUGCCCCGAACGCCGUUUUGCUUUCAUUUGACGCGUCGAACAGACCAAGUAUCCUCGUGGUCCCAGCACAGGUCAAUAAUGGUCACACGUACAUCCCGCUUGACCAAGCGACAGUUGCUCACAGAGGCACACACAGGAUUAUCUAAGACGGUAUGGCGCAGAGGAUGUGUCUGCUUACGCCGUCGGACCGCCUAUUUAUACCCCAGCAAGCAAGCCAUGUGUUUCCGCCACGGAUCUGUGUGGAUGACAGUUGUCUGACGGUCGGUAGGUAAUCCGGAUCCGGAAACAGUGCGGGGACAGCCGCUGCUGUAAAAAACGGCACUAACUAUGUAGAUACCGGUCUCUCGUACAGCCUUCCCAUCUCCCUACCUUCUUCUUCCCGCUUCUGCUUUUUCACUAUUUCCUUCUCUCGCUGGGCGCAGAGCAUCGUUUCUCCUGUUUUCCGCUCUUUUCAUUCCUUCCUCGUGAUAUUCUCGUCCCGGCGCGCUUGAGGCGACGUUUCUCCGCCUCAGCGCACACGACACGUCGAAGCAGCAGCAUGUCGAUGAAGAGCCUCAUCACACUCGACCCGUUCGAUGCCACCCACGCGCUGGUCACGUCGCCGUUCGCCUCCCCGCGUGCACUCGCGACCGUCCGCCUUGCUGUCGGAGUGUACACAUUCUGCACGCUGGUGGUCAGCCUCAUCGGGGAUGGCACCGGGUUCUUCUCGUACUUCACACAUCUAUCGUAUACGGGCUUGUGCGCAUACUUCUUUGCAUCGGGAACACAAACGCUCGUGUAUGCGAUGAGGCUUGGCACGAUGAAGGCGCGGAUGGAUGUGGACGUGGAGUACCCGCUGCAGCGCUGGCCGCGUGCGUUACAGCUCCUGCACCUCGCGCUGCUUUCGACAAUCAGAGUCUUCCCGAUUCUGGUCUCUGUGGUUUUCUGGGGUGUGAUCUCCAACGGACAUACGUUCGAUAGCUCGUACGACACGUGGUCCGCAAUCUCCGUUCACUUGCUGAAUUCGGUCUUCGCUCUAUUCGAGAUAUUCUUCACCAACACCCCGCGCUCCGAGUGGAUCUUCCUUCCGUUGGGACUGCUGCUCCUGGCGAUGUACGUCGGCAUCGUGUACAUCACACAUACUGUGGAGGGUUUCUACGCGUACAAGUUCAUGGCACCGAACGGCAAGCCCCUGUCUCUUGCGCUGCAUAUUCUCGCGGUGGGCGCGGCUUACGUCGUCUGCUUUGUCGUUGUCUAUGGCUUCGUGGCGGGGAGGCAGUGGCUCGUUGCCAGAUCGCGGAGUGCUUCCGAUCAGAACAGUACACUGCAGCGAGCUGAGUCUGAUCUGAGCGAGAUGGGGGAGAUGAAGGUUUGAGGCGUUUGUUCCAGUGCUUCUAUCUUUGGACUCACUUAACUACUUUCGUAUGACAUUCCUUGUCCCAUUAGACUAUACGCGGACGGAAUGGGUUCAGGCUUAGAUAACUGCUUACUGGAUAAAUGUGGGGAAUGACAUAACCCUGGCGAAAACGCCGGCCUAUCCGACUUUAGCUCAGUUGGAAGAGCGCAAGAUGCAAUGGAAACCCAACAUAUCAUCUUGAUGCCACCCGUUCGAUCCGGACCCGUUACGUCUCUACAAUUCGUCGCUAUUACUUUGACACCGAGGCUCCGCUUCGGAAUGAACACAGGAGUAUGGGGGUACCUGAGGUCACUGAGCCUUGAGAUCUUCUCCUGUGCUGUUGCAAGCGUUUGUCGAUCAUGUUGGCGUCCGGAGUCUCGUGUUCUGUGUCAAGUUUCAUUUUAAUUGGAGACGCUGAGAGAACGAGAGUCAUAAAAAGUUUC